AUGGAGGCGGUGCUGCUGGAGCACUUCCCCGCCGGGCUAGACUCUUUCGCCGCAGCGGCGCCCUACUUCGACGACGAGGAGUUCUUCACCGACCACUCCUCCCGAGACCCCCUGGACGGCGACGAGCUGCUGGAGGGCGAGGAGGAGGAGGAGGAAGAGGAGGUGGACUUCCUGGCGGGGCCCUUCCACCCCUGCUGCCGCCCGGGGGGCCAGUCGGACGGCGCCUGCUGCUGCCCUGCCCUCUCGCCGCCCUCCUCGGCCUCGCCCUCCAGCCUGGCCGCCUACCAGGAGUGCUGCGGGCGGGCUGCUGCGGCGGGGCAGGGGCUGGGCGGCGGCGGGGCGGCGCGACGGCGGCGGCGGGUGCGCUCCGAGGCGGAGCUGCAGCAGCUGCGCCAGGCGGCCAACGUGCGGGAGCGGCGGCGCAUGCAGUCCAUCAACGACGCCUUCGAGGGCCUGCGCUCGCACAUCCCCACGCUGCCCUACGAGAAGCGCCUGUCCAAGGUGGACACCCUCCGCCUGGCCAUCGGCUACAUCCACUUCCUCAGCGAGCUCGUCCGCUCCGACCUGCCCCUGCGCAGCGCCGGCAGCCAGCCCGGGCCCUGCCCGCCCAAGAAGGUCAUCAUCUGCCACCGAGGCACCAGAUCGCCUUCUCCGAGCGACCCGGAUUAUGGACUUCCUCCUCUGGUUGGACAUUCCCUCUCCUGGACAGACGAAAAACAGCUCAAGGAACAAAACAUUAUUAGAACGGCUAAAGUGUGGACGCCGGAAGACCCCAGGAAGUUAAGCAAGCAGCCCUCCCUCAACAACAUCGAAAACGAGCCCCCCUUUGACUUCCUCUCGUGAAGCGGGAACGCUUUUCUCCUGUA